AUGGGCCCGAACAAGUCCAUCACCAAAGAAGAAGCGGAGAGAAUCUACAUGUUAUGUUGGAUCAGCUACGUGCCAGUCUCGGGUGAUAUCCGCAGGAUACCGCCGAGACGGAUUGUUCUAUACCCAGAUAUCUUUCAGACAGUGUGGGGUUGGGAUCGGCUCCUUCCACACGACAUUGAGUGCGAGGAGUUUUAUUUUGAUUACCUCCGCCAGUAUUACCAACGCAAUCGCCUGGACUACGUCGCGGCUGCCGACGGCCAGUCAAAGCCUCAGGACUGGCCGCUCAAAGCCCCACCAGAGGGUGUUCCCAAAUGCAUCUCCAAUGGGAAGCGUCCUCUCGCUGCUGCCGCCAAACACGUCCAUCCGUCCGUCCGUGCUAACUUGUUUGUGUGGAAGGAUCGACCCAUACACAACGUCAAAGAACUGAGCGAAAAGAUCCAGGAGCGUGUCUGCCGCCUCAUCAUCCUGGGGCGAGAGUUCUCUCAACCUGCGGCCGCCAGCUUGGUGUGUAUCGCGAACGAGGCCUCUCUGGCUUGUGAGCUGCUGAGACGCGGGGCUAAGGCCAACGACAAGGAGAUCAACCUAUGCAACUGCAUCCGCCACUGUGCGCUGAGCCUUAUGUUCAUGUCAGGGCCGCGUUCUGAGGCCUCCGCUGCUGCUAUGGUGGGUGUUGCCAAGGAGGCCAGGAAGAUCUGUGAGUGGAUGAAGAGUACGAAAGAGCGCUAUGCUUUUCGAUGUUACUCCAGAAACCAUGAAAUCCGGGUUCCCACCUUUGAUGUUUUGAAGCACAUACUGUCGAAUUCUACAGGGGGCAAAGAGCCAUUUGUGCUUAUGGAUUUUGCAAUUAAGAGGAACAAGAGAAGGCACCAAAAUACCAUGGAAGGAACUAAAGAUGAAUCUUUGUUACAGGAACCACGUCAUGAAGGGAGGAGCGUCCUUGGCCUGGGUGACAACAAUGGGGAAUUCGAUGCUCGGAUGAUUGCUCCUCAAAUGGAUCUUCUUAGAGAAGAACAGACCAACGGCCUAGCAAAUUCGAGAGGGGAAAGUGAUAAUUCUGCAGUUGAAAGAGCCCAUCACCUGAAACCAAUUCUUGGUAUCCGAGAACACCUGUCAGAAAAAGAAAACCAGGUUCUUGCACCAGAGGAGCAGGAACAAUGUCAUGAAGGGAAGAACCUUGAGCUGGGUGACAACAAUGGGAAAUUGGAUGCUCUGAUGAUUGAUCAUCAAACAGUCAGAGCUCUUCAUUCUUAUGAUCUGUAUUAUUCACAGUGAAUCCUAAUUAUCUCAACCAUGGUCGUUAUUUCUUGUUGACAUUUGUGCGCAAACCAGGAUCUUAUUAGAGAACAGAAGACCAAGGGUCUAGCAAAUUCCAGAAGGGAAAGUGAUAAUUCUGAAGUUGAAAGAGCCCAUCACCUUAAACCAGUUCUUGGUAUCCGAGAACACCUGUCAGAAAAAGACAACCAGGUUCUUGCAUUAGAGGAGCAGAUAUUCUGCUGUCCUCGUUUUUCAUUGUAUUUGUACUCUACAUUUUUAGGACUCCGUUAUAUUAAAUGCUGAUGCAUAAUACAUUUGUACCGAGCUUACAUAAUACAGUAUCCUAGUUUGAGCAAUCUCAAUGUGUAACUAUCUCAUUUUCAAACCACUAACAUGGCAAUCUCCUACAUUGAAUAUGGCCAUAUGGGACAGGUGGAUAUAACAUUCUAGCAAUAGUUAACAUGCCCGUCACUUAAAAUGACUGUACUGCAAUAAUGUCCUGUUCCAAUACGUCAUUUUUAAUGACAAGACUUCUCCAUGUUCUUUUCUCUGCCUGGAGAUUUUCUUGCAUGUUGAGAUUCUUGCACAUUAGAUUUGUUGUUUUUGUCAACGGGCAAUCGAAAGAGUUUGUGGGAGCAAUUUCUUCAUGAAUGUCAACAUCCAAACAUUCACAAAUGAACAUUAAAUGUGUAAAGCGUAAUAUUCUGAAGCGAGCAGGGGAAUAGUGUUUCUACCCUACUUGUUGAUCUAUCUUCACUACUGGGAGUAAUUAUUUUUGUUUUCUGGGCAGAAGGAAUAAACAGGUAAUUUAGUUCACUGAUAUUGGGGCUGUAAUUGCGAAAUAAGUUUUCUGGAAAUCACAAAAUGACUACCAAACAUUGGAUGAAACCAACUAUCACUUUAUCAGCCAUCCCAGCCAAAUCAGGGCGAUGAAACCAACUAUCUUCACUACUUGUUGAUCUAUCCCAUAUGGAGCCACAACAAUAACGUUCUACAAGUGUGCUUUCUGGAUUAAUUCACAUUAGAAGCGGGAGUAUUUUAUAAGUUCGAUCUCCAUCUAAUACUCAGAGGAAAGCUUCAUAUUGUACCAUAUCAACUACCCAGAACCUCUUGAACAGUAUUUCAGUUGGGUACAAGCCUAAUAUUGUGAAUCAGGCUGACAUGCUUACACCGGACUGUGGUCAGCGCAUACCAAAGCACCCUGCCCUUCUAGACAAGAGAUCUCUUCUUGCAUGCAUUGUUCGUGCAGUUUCUGCUAGUCACAGUAGCCAAACCAAGAUUAGUUCAACUCUGCCAAAUAGGCUUGGAAAAAUGUUGGCCCCGCUUCAUUGGCGUGACUAUCGGAAGGAUUAUGGGAAACUAGAUGAUUUUUUGGCUGAGCAUCAAGAGCUCUUUGUGAUUGAAGGAGACUUUGUUCACCUUCGUGAAGAAGCAGAACAUAUUACAAAAGCUCUUCUGCUCCGUACUAGUUAGGGUGGAGGUGAGCCGGAACAAGGGAGCUACUGUUGACUGCAUCUUAAGAGCGGUGCUCUUCACUUUUGUUAUGUUAAAUCAGUGCUUUGGUAGUCAAAUUUGUUAUUUUGGUGCAAUGUAUGUCCAUGUCAAGAGGCAUACCGAGUUUGUGCUUGAUGAUUAUCUGUUGUCCUCGCAUCUUCCGUAUCCAUUGCACCUGUCUUAUGCCAUGUUGCACUCACAACACACCUA